AUGGCCCCUCGAAAUGCUCGAUCCAAAAUUGCGCACAAAAGGCCACGAACUGAGAACGGAAAAUUCGGUCCUAAACCCCCAAUCAGCAUCAUUGAUAGCGAGAAUACUAUUGUAGAAGAUGACCCUGUAGAUGAGAACAAUCACGAACUUGAUGAUCUAAAUACAGAUAUGAUGUUUGACACAUCUCAUAAAAAAUUCUUGACAUGGAAUCCUGAUGCUGGAAAUAGUUUGCGUGAAUUAAAAGCAAAAAAAGAACUCGAGGCAAAUAAGAACAAGACCAUCAGAACGCUUGCUGAUUUUGGUUUUUCAAACAAUUUUCCGCCAGUUUCGUAUGCAGACGAGCCGCAACCUGUAGUCAAGGCAACAAAAGAACAGAACCUUGAAGAGAUCUGUAUUGCUUUUAAUUCGAUUUCCGAUAAAGUCGAACCCCGAGCUAGUUCAAGCAGCAAGUCGUGCAUGAUCUCCUUUUACGAGGCAAGCAAACAUAUUGUUGUGAAGGAUUAUUUCAGACGCCUCUUGGGCAAUUCUAAAAAGAUUGAUGCAUCUCAAAAAGCAGCUGAGAUCAUUUGGCAUAACCCUUCCAAGUAUCGUGGAGAAGUAGUACGGGCUUGGGGAAAGGAGUAUCUUAAGUUUGGAAGGAUAUCUGAGAGCCAACAGGGAAAACAUUCAAAACGUUCUUUGGCUGUCAGUAACUAG